AUGGCCGAAUCACAAAAGCCCCACCCAUCCCCUCCCUCUAAGACACACUCACUCACGCCUCCUUCAUGCCCGACGGCUCCUGGCCCAGCCAACUGGCCGUUCGGUCCACUCAUUGCCCAACCACACUCGUUGUUUGGCCCCCCAACUGGAGGGGUUCACGUGAAAAGGCUUCCACGAUGCUAUGAAGCGUGA